AAACCACAGCACGAGGUAGAAGAGAAAGUUUGAAUCUUUGGAAUUUGGAGUUUGGAUGAGAGAUUGUGGAGAAAACUAGAAGCUCUCACUCUCCUUCUCCUCCUUCCACACAGAAGAGGAAGACCCUUCUCCUCAACACCUGAAAUCCCAACCCUCUACUCCUUCCUCCAACCUUCAAUCUUUGCCCUCAAGAGGGCCCCACCUCCCUCUUCCUCCCUCCAGUCCCACAGCGACCUCCCAACCCCGCCGCCCGAAACCCUGACCCCCGACCACAUCGCCGCCCUCUAGACCGCCCUCCACAAGUCCCUCAUAACCCACAACACUGAUGCGGCCUGGAAGUCCUUCAAGACCGUCACCGGCACCUCCGCCUUCCCCAGUAAGUCGCUCACCAAUUCUCUAAUUACCCAUUUGUCCUCGCUCGGGGACACUCACAAUCUCAAGAGGGCUUUUGCCACCACUGUUUAUGUCGUGGAUAAAUACCCAGGAUAUUUGGAGUUUAAAACUGUUGGGUUUGUGCUGGAUGCUAUGAAAUGUGCCAAUACUGCUGCCCCUGCUUUUGCUUUGGUUAAAUGCAUGUUCAAGAACCGGUUUUUCUUGCCGUUUAGUGUGUUGGGCAAUGUACUUGUUGAGAUCAGUAGGGAAAAUGGUAACUUUGUCGCGUUCUUACGGGUUUCUGAAGAGAAUUGUAGGAUUGCUUUGGAUGAGAAGUUGGAGUUUUUGAACCCGGGUUUGGCUGCUUGUAAUGCGGCGUUGGAGGGGUGUUGUCGUGAGCUUGAAUCGUUGAGUGAUGCCGAAAAAGCUGUUGAAACGAUUGCGGUUUUGGGGAUUGGGCCUGAUGAGUCGAGUUCUGGUUUUCUUGCUCAUUUGUAUGCAUUGAAGGGUGGGUUUCGUUUUUCGGAUAAAAGGGUGUUUCGGAGCAGUUUGAUUAAUGGCUAUGUUAAGUGAUGGAGAUGGCGAAUGUCUGAAUUUGGGUGAAGAAACUCGCAAGGCCGACAUUGGUAUCCAACAAUCGACGAGCAGUUCAGACGCACACUUGCCUUGAUUUAUUGCAGUGGGAUCACCUUCAGUCUUCUGUUCAUUUUCAUACUGCAUUUGCAUGUGCUGGUAGCAGUGUAAAAGGCUGUGAAAGCAAUCAGCAUCGUCCUUGGUGGGGCUGACAUACCGCGUCAGAUUGGUAAGCCGAUACAGAAACUUGUUCACACACUCGAGCACCUUCUCUUGUAGUUUAUGGAGUUGAUUUCCCUCCUUGUCUACAUCCUUUUGAAAAUUGGAGUUUUAACUAAACAUUUUCGUUAUUGUUUAUUUUUAACGAAAAAGACAUUUUUACUUUAAAAAAUCACUCUUAGUACUAUUCACUUACAAUAUUUUUUUUGUUCUUUUGAUUAAAAUUCAAAAUUUUCAAGUUAUUUUCAUUAAUUUUUUUUGAAAAUCCAUAUUGCUUCAGAGCUAGAACCCACAAGAAAACAGAGGCUCUGCUUUUUAGGAAGAAAAAUUAGGUAGGGCACCGAAAAGAACACUUUCUUCUGUCCUCCUUGACAAAUAAAACUUUAUCAUGUGAAAGUUGAAACUCUUCUUGCAUUACUUUGCUCUCGUGUCUUCAUUUGAACAUCUCCAACUCCUCCAAAACCCUUCUUCUCCUAUGCCGCCGUCGGCCUCAGAAACCCUACUUCUCAUCGCCAUUUUCUUCUUGCUUCCUCUGGACACCCUCUCGUCCGUCAUCCACGCAGGCCAUGCCAUCCCUCUCACUGGUAUGUGUGAGGACGCAUGCGGUGCAAUCCCAGUAAAGUUCCCAUUCGGUACCGGAUUUGGUUGCGGCCACCCUGAAUUUAUCAGAUACAUCAAAUGCAGCUCAGGAACACUUCAAUUCUCCACCGGAACCGGCAUCUACACCAUUUCCUCCAUAGACUACAACAGCAGCACCAUCAUUGUCACAGAUCCACUCAUGUCAACAUGUUCCUCCAUGCAAAAUUCAGGUAGUUUUAGCUUGGACAAGUCCAGUCCUUUCACUAUAGGAGAGCAAAACAUCUUCGUUUUGCUCGGCUGCUCAACGACAUCCCCGGUGUUUGAUCCAAACGAAGACUUGUGUGACACUGGAUCCGGUACCCGGGUGUGUAGAGGGUUGUACUCUUGCAAGGGGGUUGCCGGCAUUGGACUGCCACAGAAUGCGCCGAUUUCCACCUGUUGUGUUUAUGAUUCUGAAAUCGUGGUUGGCUCAGGUUAUGCACUGGAUCUUCCAAAGCUCCAGUGCUCUUCUUAUACAUCAGUUUACGAGUUUGGAGACGAAGGCGAUCCGACGAAAUGGAGAUUUGGGAUUUCUUUGCAAUAUAAUGAUUCUUACCACACAAAUAAAUGCAAGGAUUGUGAAACCAGUGGAGGGAUUUGUGGAUUUGCUGGUUUGGAUCAGUCAUUUGCUUGUAUUUGCAGGAGUGGUGUUAACACCACCACAAAUUGUUUUGGGCGAGGGUACGCUUGGAGUGGGGCAGUGGAUCUGGAUUUUCAAGUUAACACCAUUAUUGGCGGACUUUUGCUCUCGUGGGCCUUGCUAUUUAUAUGUAAUCAGCAGAUAGAGCUCCAAGACCUGCUGUAGUUACUUUUGGGGAAGGCAGUAGGGAUAUGGAUGGCACCUGUAAUAUUUAUUUACAUAUGCAAUUUAUUUGUUCAUCUUCUAGAUAUUGAAUUGAUGUAAUCUCACGUCCUUCCUAGUUCCUACGAAGGAAUUUGACCAAAAAAAUGCAAACUUAAAAUCCGUUACGCUUUCAGUGGUUCAUUUACUCUUCCUUUGAAGAAAGUAUGUCCUGGAUCUAACUAUAUGACCACGUCAUCCAUCCAACCAUCCCCGGGCCCGUCGCCGUCUGAGUCCGACUGCCGCUCCCCCUUAGCUAGGAGAGAAUGAAGGCGGAGAGACAAAUGCAUAAAAUAAAGAGAGUAGAAAUAAAUCUGUUGUAUUUAUAUGUUUUUUUAUGUCCCCAAUCACGUUUGGAGAGUAGUAGGUAGAAAGCACACCUAUCAAAUCUGGUAGCUUUGCUUGAAAUGCAGGGCAUUAACAAGGAUAAUUGGAAGAUAAGUGAGUGAAAGGUUCAUUAUCGCUUACCAUAAGCUUCUAAGUAUGUCUUAUGUCCUCAGGUUAAUUGGAUAAAUUUCGCCCCACCCGCCCCCUGAUUAGCAAAUCAUCACCUUGAAGUUACACAAACCAUUCCUCUUUUAUCUAUUCCUACAUGAAAAUGGAAUCUUAAAAUAUUCCUCCCUAAUUUGGGAUCUUAAAUGUUCCCAUCUGAAUUUGGAAUCCAAAUUCAUCAAGAAAAAGUUAGAUACCACCUGAAAUUGGUUGUCCUAAUUCCUCAAGGAAAACCUAAUUUCCUACUUCCACCUGCAUGCAUGCGAACACUAUAUAAUAACGACAUCAGCUAUCGUCAACAUUCACAUCACUAUUCAUCGUUGUCGAUCAAUCCAACACAAAGCUCCUAAUUCAGACACAAAGUGCUUCUCUCUUGCCACGAUGGCCGACGGUGUUACUUCUACGAAGUUCUUUCUCAUUGCUCUUUUACUCUAUACUGUCACCGCCGUUACCUCUCAAGUUGCAACCACAAAUAAUUAUGCGUCUGACGAAGCCAUUCUCAUAACCGUGGACCAGUCCGGCAAAGGAGAUUACUGGAAAAUACAGGACGCCAUUGAUGCCGUGCCGUCGAAUAAUGCGGAGAAUGUGUACAUUGCAGUUAAACCUGGAACAUACACUGAAAAAAUUUGGGUGCCUGCAGAUAAGCCAUUUAUUACGAUAGCCGGCGCGGGGUCGGGCGAGACGAUAAUAACAUGGAGUCAGGGCGGGGAGAUAUACGACACUCCAACCUUCACCGUCCUGGCUUCUGAUUUUACAGGACGAACCCUCACAAUUCAGAACACGUACGGGAAAGGAGCUCGAGCGGUGGCACUUAGGGCUUCCGGAGAUAGGGCAGCAUUCUACGAUUGCAGUAUCAAGUCGUAUCAAGAUACCCUACUUUCCGAAAACGGCAAGCAGUACUACAGAAACUGCUACAUCGAAGGAGCCGUCGACUUCAUAUUCGGAAGCUCAGCCGCCCUUUUCCAGAACUGCCACUUGCACUCGACUGCGGAUGAGGUCGGAUUCAUAACCGCCCACCGGAGGGACAACGCUUCAGAGAACUUGGGCUUCAGUUUCGUGGGGUGCAAGAUAAGCGGCUUAUCAAAGACAACCCUAGGACGGCCAUGGAGCCCCUAUUCCAGGGUUAUCUUUGCCCUUACGCACAUGUCGAAUGUCGUUGCGCCGCAAGGUUGGGACGACUGGGGUCGGUCGCCCGACGAACUGAGUACUGUCUACUUCGGACAGUACAGAUGUUGGGGAGCGGGAGCCGAUACGUCGCAGAGAGUUAAGUGGGCCCGGGAACUUACGUUCCAAGAGGCUGCGCCGCUUAUGACGAGUGGCUUCAUUGGUGGCACAUACUGGUUAAGGCAAGCUCCGACCAGGUUCAAGAGUAUAAGUGCACUCCGUUCUUCAAAUGUCACGGCUGCUGGAAAUAACUAAGGUUUUGUACUAAUUCACAAAGAAAGUGAAAAACACGGAGUAGGUUGUGGUACAUAUUUGUAUUAAGUUUGAAGGUUUUUUUCUUCACUAAACUGUGAUGUUAUUAAGGGCUUACAUAUGAAUUGAAUUUUAAUUGUAUUUUAUAUUGGA